GCUCUUACCAACAUCUACCAAUGAGCCCCCUUUUCUUUCCAUUUACUGUAACCAGUCCUCUCACCCACUGAGCACAGACGCUGUCCAUGGACGUUAAAAUUUGGUGAGUCCAAUCAUAGAUGUCUGUUUCACAAGUUUGGACAGUACAGGAAAAGUAGAGUAUAUGUCAGUACAAUACACAGUUUAAUACAGUAAAACACACUAGAGUAUAGUACAGUAUAAUUGACUGUCCUGAACUCUGCCAUGCUCUACUUUACUGUGCUGUACUGUGUGUGAUGUCCAAACUUGUGAAACAAGUCUAUGAUUGGUACAGAUUUGGUCCGGGGACAAACCUAAUUUGAUCUUGUUUGGGUGCCGAGCUCAUUUGAAAAAGAGAAAACAGGAAACAUCACCUGAAGAUGGCAUUCAUAAUUGUUUUUCUGUAUAGAUCAUAGAACCACGAUGCUAUUCUGUUACCAGGUGUUAGUUCACUUCACUUACUGUAGCUCAAUAACUCAAUGUGUCAUAUCAUAGGUGACACCCAAUGUUCCCUCUAAACUGCACGUGCGCUCAUUAGCCCCAAGACUGCCGUGCAGAAAUAUCAGCCCACAGAGAGAAGCAUGUGGCGGAAGAAUCAGAAUUAGUAAGGUAACAUAGAUAAUUAAGAUGUCUUAUCUGCAUAAUAUGCUUAUAUGAUAUGCUUGUUAUUAGAAUGUAUCCCUUUGGACUCUGGUGUUGGCAGUUGCACUUCCUCCCUCAGCUGGGGCUCAGUCACUUGGAGCCCAGAGAUGGGAGAGGUCAGGCUUGUUUUUCACAUGUCCCUGGUGCUAUGCAGAAUAUCAGAAAGAGAAGACGACAGGAGGGAACAUUGUCUUCAUAUGUGAAUGUGUCUUUACCUAUUCUAAAACCAUCUGAAGGGAUGUUCUGAUUAAUGGGGAACCAAUUACUUGUCUCUACAAUGUCUGUGCGCCAGUCACUCCCUACUUUGGCCUUGGGGAAGAGAUCAGGUUUGAGACCAGAUGUGUGGGGUAGUGUCUGGAACCAUUCAUUGUAUGUCACAUCUGAUGUUGCACUUAUCUUGGGAUAGUGUAUGACCUAGAGGCUCACUCCCCUCAGUGAGCUUGUCCAGGCAUGUGGUCAUGAAGGGGUUUUACUUGAGAUGGGAGUAUCUGGAGCUGACAAUGGAUUCAUGCCAUAGAAUGAGUUUGUGUUUUUGUGCUGUGAAGUACCAGGAAUGAGAUCGGAGUCUCGUAUUAGGGGCCAAACUGAACGAUAAGAACAGAAUUUAUAGCAAAUGCUAUCUUGCUGCGGGAUAUUCCUUUCUCAUCUAUCAAGUCUCACCUUGUGACCCGUUCCACACAUCUGUUUGUUAUGUUGACUAGGAGGUGGUGGAUCUUUGCUAUUAAAGAUUUUAGUAGCCUUUGUGUCAUGGCCCUCAACGAACCAUCGGAGGGUGGUUCGUCGACCAGCCAUCGCUAUUGCAGUGCUCGAAGUAAUAAAGAUUCAGUCUAAGUAUAACUCUGACUUGUGUGAUAAGUUUCUCUCCUCAUUUGAUAAUACAGAAAUGAACCACCACAAGUAUGAGAUUGAAUUCACCAACCGUCGACUGGUCGAUCUCCAAGGAAUUCCUAGUCGAUCGCCAAACAUUUCUGUAAAAAACCCAAUGAUAAAGCCUUUGUUUCUGGGAUAAUGGUGUUGAUGUGAGCCAUGACCAGCCUUUCAAAGCAUUUCAUGGCUACAGAUGUGAGUGUGAGUGCUACGGGUCGGUAGUCAUUUAGGCAGGUUACCUUAGUGUUCUUGGGCACAGGGACUAUGAAACAUGUUGGUAUUACAGACUCAGACAGGGAGAGUUUGAAAAUGUCAGUAAAGACACUUGCCAGUUGGUCAGCGCAUGCUUGGAGUACAUGUCCUGGUUAUCCAUCUGGCCCAGCGGCCUUGUGAAUGUUGACCUGUUUAAAGGUCUUACUCAUGUCGGCUGCGGAGAGCGUGAUCACACAGUCAUCCUGAACAGGGAUUAGCCACUGGUCGCCUGGUCCUCACAAGGCGACCUGAUCUUUUGCCUCGAAAUCUACGUUUCCUUCUCCAGCGACUCACGGGCAUUGUGGCCUGGUCGGGUGUCAACAGUAUAUCCCUCGCGUCCGACUCAUUGAAGAAAAACUCUUCGUUCAGUCUGAGGUGAGCAAUCCCAGUUCUCAUGUUUAGAAGCUCUUUUCAGUCACUAUGUCUAUCCUAUAAUACCUCUGUAUUCCAUGCCAAUAAUACAGAUUGCCGCUCUACUGUCCCUACUAUAUGUAAUCUUUGUAAGUGUGUGUGUGUUCUCCCCAUGCCCUGCAUGCCGCUGUACAUGUAAUUAUCCUACAGAUAAUGUGUCUAAUCUCCCCUCCCGUUCAUCUGAGUGUGUCUGUGGCCCGGGGUCACAGACAAAGAAUAAUCACAGCCCUGCGCCAUGUCUCGUGAGUGGAGCACCAGCUCUCGCUCUCUCACUCUCGUUCUCUCUUUCUUCCCCCCCAGUAGAUGACAUGAAUAACACAACACUUUUCCAGGCAGACUCCAUCUAAUUAGCUGACUCAGUAGUACACUGAUUCAGUAUUCAAUAGUUUGCAGUACCCUUGAAUGAGUAGUGUGUCCAGGCUCGGUCAGGACCCCCAGGUUUAAUGAAUGGUUGGGAAGGAUGUUGUGGUUUAUUAGUCAACAUAUUGGCUAUGUAUGAUGCAUAUACAGUUGUAGUCUGAAGUUUACAUCUACCUUAGCCAAAUACAUUUAAACUUUUUCACAAUUCCUGACAUUUAAUCCUAGUAACAAUUCCCUGUUUUAGGUCAGUUAGGAUCACCACUUUAAUUUAAGAAUGUGAAAUAUCAGAAUAAUAGUUGACAGAAUGAUUUAUUUCAGCCUUUCUUUCUUUCAUCACAUUCCCAGUGGGUCAGCAGUUUACAUACACUCAAUUCGUAUUUGGUAGCAUUGCCUUCAAAUUGUUUAACUUGGGUCAAACGUUUCGGGUAGCCUUCCACAAGCUUCCCACAAUAAGUUGGGGGAAUUAUGGCCCAUUCCUCCUGAUAGAGCUGGUGUAACUGAGUCAGGUUUGUAGGCAUCCUUGCUCGCACACGCUUUUUCAGUUCUGCCCACAAAUGUAAUAUAGGAUUUAGGUCAGGGCUUUGUGAUGGCCACUCCAAUACCUUGACUUUCUUGUCCUUAAGCCAUUUUGCCACAACUUUGGGAGUAUGCUUGGGGUCAUUGUCCAUUUGGAAGACCCAUUUGUGACCAAGCUUUAAGUUUCUAACUGAUGUCUUGAGAUGUUUCUUCAAUAUAUCCACAUAAUUUUCCUCCCUCAUGAUGCUAUUUUGUGAAGUGCACCAGUCCGUCCUAUGGCCAAACAGUUCUAUUUUUGUUUCAUCAGACCAGAGGACAUUUCUCCAAAAAGUACGAUCUUUGUCCCCAGUUGCAAACCGUAGUCUGGCUUUUUUAUGGUGGUUUUGGAGCAGUGGCUUCUUCCUUGCUGAGCGGCCUUUCAGGUUAUGUCGAUAUAGGACUCGUUUUACUGUGGAUAUAGAUACAUUUGUACCGUUUUCCUCCAGCAUCUUCACAAGGUCCUUUGCCGUUGUUCUGGGAUUGAUUUGCACUUUUCGCACCAAAGUAUGUUCAUCUCUAGGAGACAGAACGCGUUUCCUUCCUGAGCGUUAUGACGGCUGCGUGGUCCCAUGGUGUUUAUGCUUGCAUUCUAUUGUUUGUACAGAUGAACGUGGUAUCUUCAGGCAUUUGGAAAUUGCUCCCAAGGAUGAACCAAACUUCUGGAGGUCUACAAUUUCCCAUGAUGUCAAGCAAAGAGGCUCUGAGUUUGAAGGACCAGACUCCAAAGCAGGCCUCAGCCAAAGGCCCUGAGGAGCCCGAGGUACCGGAGCCUGGGGAGGACAAUCCUAGCAAGACCCAGCAGCUGAAGAAGAUCUUUAAGGUGUACGGAGCUGUAGGAGUCUCCUUCCACAUAUGUAUGUCCCUCAUGUCUCUGGGCAUGUUCUACCUCGCUGCGUCCAGUGGGAUCGACAUGGCUGCUAUCCUGUACAAGAUAGGAUUCAGUGAAUCUCUGGUUCAGUCCAAGUUGGCGGCGGGUACCAGUACGUUUGUCCUGGCGUACGCAAUCCACAAGCUGUUUGCUCCGCUCCGUAUCAGCAUCACUGUGAUAUCAGUGCCUCUUCUUGUACGAUACCUCAGAAAGAGCGGCCUCUUCAAGACACCCAACUCACCUACACACUGAGUGGCUGAGACCCCAACCUCCACUAACUUCGAUAACUGAGACUUUCCAAAUAUGACCAUUACCAUUUCUGGAAUCAAGAGGGAAUCGGUGUGACAAAUUCUUCCAAACCAUCCCUAGUUUUUCAACUGGAAUUUCUGCAGGAGAUAAAAACAGAACCAACCGAGGCUGACUUUUAACCCACCUGUAGAUCAGUGGCGGUCUGUUCCGUUUAAGAUGAGGGAGGAUGAUUUUAAAAAUGUAUUUCUUAUGAGCAUGGCCUUAUUUCUAUUGCAGAAUUUUGGAUGACUGUCAUUCAUAUUUCAUUCACCCAGUUCAAUGUAACAGGGGUGGGUUUAGGCUACUACAAUAUACUCAAAAUGUCCCUGUACCCAUCAUGAGAUUACUACAACCUAUCUUAUGAGAAGUUUACAUUGUGAACUUUCAUCAAGAUAGUUUUUAGUAAUCAAGGUGAGACUGUAACACAUUCAAUACUGCCGUGAACUCUCGUGCCUGCAUCUAGCUGAUCUAGGGUGUAAUCAUUUGUCAAACAGUUGCAAACGAGAGUUUCUAUUGGACAAAUUCAGGUAUGUUUAUCCCCAUUCCAUUUAAGAAAUGUUUUUCAACAGAAUCGGUGGAAUGAAUACACCCCUGAUCACACGAAACACAAUUCACUUUCAUAGCAGCCAUAUAAAAACGGCAAGAUCACUUUGCUCAUUGUAUACUGUGCAUUCGGAAAGUUUUCACACCCCUUGACUUUUUCCUCAUUUUGUUACGUUACAGCCUUCUAAAAUUGACAAAUUAUUUUUUGCCUCAUCAAUCUACACACACUACGCCAUAAUGACAAAGCAAAAGCAGGUUUUUAGAUUUUUUUGCAAAUGUAUUAAAAAUAAAAAACUGAUCACAUUUACAUAAGUAUUCAGACUCUUUACUCAGUACUUUGUUGAAGCACCUUUGGCAGAGAUUACCGUCUCGAGUCUUCUUGGGUAUGACCACUAUUUUCAGGUCUCCAGAGAUGUUCGAUCUGGUUUAAGUCCGGUUUCUGGCUGGACCACUCAAGGACAUUCAGAGACUUGUCCUGACGCCAGUCCUGCGUUGUCUUGGCUGUGUGCUUAGGGUCACUGUCCUGUUGGAAGGUGAACCUUCGCCCCAGUCUGACGUCUGUCGUGGAAAUUCUAAUCAAUAAUGAGGAGAGACCGGGUCAAUCACCAAUCAGGAUAUUACUUCAUUCAAAAUGUAUUAAUAGGGAAAAUAUAGAGCAAUAACGAUGGCUGAUCGUCGGGGGUUGGGUUGAGAGCCCUGAGACAAAGAAUACAAACACCUUCUUAUAACAAAGAUAUACCCCCUUUUAGUCUACAAUACAAACAACAGAUGUGUGGAAUGGGUCACAAGGUUAGGAUUUGUAUUAAAAAAAAAAUCUGCUGUAAAGAUGUGCUCAUUGUGUGGAAACCAGGUUCUGGCCCCUAAAACAAGGUUCCUCUCAUAAUUAUCCAUACCCGAGCCCUCUCCGCCCUGGUACCUCCCGGCACAGAAACAGCAACUCAGUCCGAGGCAUGACAAGACCAUCAUAAAUCAGUUGCUAGAGUUAAAUUUCAGAAGCUCCUCUCAGUUCACACAGACACGACAGAGUUCUAAGAACCCUAUUCUGUUGCAUAAAAACAAAACAUUUGAUGCAAUAACAGUAUUAUAACAUAAUCUUGUAAUCUCUCCAUGAUGCGUCCUGAGCACUCUGGAGCAGGUUUUCAUCAAGGGUCUCUCUGUACUUUGCUCCGUUCAUCUUUCGCUCGAUCCUGACUCGUCUCCCGGUACCUGCCGCUGAAAAACAUCCCCACAGCAUGAUGCUGCUACCACCAUGCUUCACCGUAAGGAUGGUGCCAGGUUUCCUUCCGACGUGCAUUCCUUCAGACGUGCAUAGCAUUCAUGCCAAAGAGUUCAAUCUUGGUUUCAUCAGACAUGAGAAUCUUGUUUCUCAUGGUCUGAGAGUCCUUUAAGUGCCUUUUGCCUAACUCCAAGUAGGCUGUCAUGUGCCUUUUACUGAAGAGUGGCUUCCGUCUGGCCACUCUACCAUAAAAGCCUGAUUGGUGGAGUGCUGCAGAGAUGGUUGUCCUUCUGGAAGGUUCUCCCAUCUCCACAGGGGACCUCUGGAGCUCUGUCAGAGUGAACAUCAGGUUCUUGGUCACCUCUCUGACCAAGGCCCUUCUCCCCCGAUUGCUCAGUUUGACCGGGCGGCCAGCUCGAUGAAGAGUCUUGGUGGUUCCAAACUUCUUCCAUUUAAUAAUGAUUGAGUCCGCUGUGUUCUUAGGGACCUUCAAUGCUGCAGAAUUGUUUGGUACCCUUCUUCAGAUCUGUGCCUUGACACAAUCCUGUCUCGGAGCUCUACGGACAAUUCCUUUUGACCUAAUGUCUUGGAUUUUGCUCUGACAUGCACUGUCAAAUGUGGGACAAAAUCUUGUCCAAUCAAUUGAAACUACCACAGGUGGACUCUAGUCAAGAUGUAUAAACAUCUCAACGAUGAUCAAUUGAAUCAGGAUGCACCUGAGCUCAAUUUUGAGUCUCAUAGCAAAGCGUUUUAAAUACUUAUGUAAAUGCAUUCUAAAAAACAGUUUUUGCUUCGUCAUUAUGGGGUAUUGUGUGAAGAUUGAUGAAUAAUAAUCAAUUUUAGAAUAACAUGCUGACUAGACUAAUUGAUUUUGUCCACCCACACCAGAUGCAAUCAGGUCACGCAGGUUGAAAUAUCUAAUUAAACUCUGAACCAAUUAUAUACAUUUUGGGACAGGUCGAAAAGCAUUUAACAUUUUAUGGCAAUUUAGCUAACUACCUUGCUGUUGCUAGCAAAUAUGUACUGAGAUAUAAACAUUGGGUUGUUAUUUUACCUGAAAUGCACAAGGUCCUCUACUCUGACAAUGAAUCCACAGAUUAAACUGUAAACCGAAUUUGUUUCUAGUCAUCUCUAGUCACUCUCCUUCCUUCAGUCUUCUUUUUCUUCUGACUUUAUAUGGCAGUUGGCAACCAACUUUAAGGUGCAUUACCUCAACCAACUGGAUUCUGGACAUCACCCACGUGGGUAUAUGCACCUAAAAAGCAAUGAGGAAAUGGGAGAGGCAGGUCUUGCAGCGUGUUGAGCGUCACAAAUAGAACCAAGUUCUACUUUAGCGCCUGGCUACGCAGACGCUCAUAAGCAGUGUGGAUGCAAUGAUUGUAUAACAUGUAUGUGUACAUUUAUGUUGAGCAUGUAAGGCUGUAAUGUAACAAAAUGUGUAAAAAGUCAAGGGGUCUGAAUACUUUCCGAAUGCGGUGUGUAUAUAAUUCCUUCUCAAACUACCUAUGCGCUCUCCUCCUCUCACCUGUUCCCUUCGCGUGUGGACUUCAGUGCACAACACAUCAGCUGCCUGUGACCAGGCAAAAAAAUCUAACUUGCCAAACCUUCAUAUCAUGACCGCUAACCACUACACACAGCCUACAUUGUUGUCAUGUCAUAGUAAACCUACCUACUAGAACUAACGUGUUAUUCAACCCGCUAGCUACAAUCACGCAGUUUAGCAGUUACACCGGUGGGACCCUGUGGCAAUAAAUGAAUAAAACCAAAAUCUUACUUUAACUUCGAAGAGUUCCAGUGUUGGAUAGCCAGCUAGCUAACGUAGCAUCCCUUUCUGUUUAAGUAGGAUAAACUGGCUAGCUGCAUUCAACUAGCUAAGUGAAUGUUUAAAUUAAUACAACCAAAUAUAGCUAGCUCUUCCGCUCUCUUGCUUCUCCUUCAUUUUUUAAGAUAUGAAUUUGCUCAAAACUGUUCAACUAUUGUCUUUCUCUUACUCACCACAUUUUAUGCACUGCAGUAGCUUAUGCUUUCAGUACUAGAUUUAUUCUCUGAUCCUUUGAUUGGGUGGAUAUGUCAGUUCAUGCUGCAAGAGCUCUGAUAGGUUGAAGGACAUCUUCCGGAAGUCGUCAUAAUCACCGUGUAAGUCUGUGGAAGAGGGUGAGAACCAUGAGCCUCCUAGGUUUUGCAUUGAAGUCAAUAUAACCAGAGAAGGACAGAUGCUAGCUGUCCUCUGGCUACACCAUAAUGCCACCCUACGAGUGCUGUAUUGUAGACCAUUGCAAAACUGUAUUAAUUAAUUGUUUGGUGACAUUAAUAUAUUUAGCAUAGUUUUAUGUAAAAAGGUUCACUUUGUUUCAUUUAUUUGUAUUUUGAUGAAAUUCUUUGAGGAUGCUCCUCCCCUUACUCCGAGGAGCCUCCACCUCUGUAAAUGUCCAUAUUUGUUUUCCUUUACAAACUAAAGUACAGUAGUUGGUCCUCAAUAUAUGUUUUAAGAUUCUAUGCAGUUGUCAUUGUGUUUUCAGGCCAUUGUGUUUCACCUUAGCUCCUGCUUCCUUUAUUUGUAACAGAAGUAAGUAAAGCGCCAUGUCUGUCUGAAUUAUUGGAACAAAAUAUGAAAGAAAGUAAUAUGAAUUCACUGUUACAGGUUUAUAAUUUAUUUUAUAAAUACAAAUUGAGUUGAAAUUCAUCCACUCAUGACCAUAAAUAAAAAGACCACAAAAGGGCCAUCUGUCUUAGAUAUAUUUAUUUACAAUCAUAUUGAACCAGUGGCACCAAAUGAAGUUUGAUUAUUACUGACUGAAUCAUACUAGAAUAUAUUCUAAACCCUACCUUGAAGUUCAGAAUGUUCUGAAGGUUCUAAUGAAUGGUCUAAAUAUUUUUUAGGAAUAGGAGUUGUGGAUACAGGUUGGUCGGGUCAGUCAGCAUCUCUUUGUGCUGUGAAGGUUCUCUACAGGGAAGGUUUGUAAAAAAGCUGACCUCCACUGACUGGUCUUACUGUUAGCUGAGUAGCCAUGUUCUUUUCUAUUCCUAGUGCUAGGUGAAUGAAUCAGCAGAAAUAUUUAGGUUACCUUCUCUUAACUCUCCCCCUUGUCAUUUAGCCUGGAAAUGCAUAUGCUCUGUUAAACAGGGCAAACCAGUUUGGGUUCCAGACCAGUUGUAAUUAGCUAAGCAGUACUGUUGUGUCCAAUGCAAGUUCUUGUCCUAUAUGAAGUAAGGAUUUACUGGGAUAUUUGUAGCCUACCAUAUAAUUAUAUGUGAAAUAUUUUUUUGAAUUGAUUGGAGUACUAUUUUUUUCUAUGUGGGUUUUUAUUGCAAUACAGUGCAUGUUGUCAUAAACAUUUUAUUCUGACUGUAAGUAGCUCUGGAUAAGUCUGCUAAAGGACAAACAUGUAAUAAAAACAUUGUCAAGAAAUACA